AUGUCUCGAGUUACCAAGAAAGCGUCGUCUGUGUGUACAGACAGCCCACUGAGCAUGAGUGAAGUCUGUCGGAAGAUGACACUGAUGAGGCAGAUCCUCACCUCUUGUUUCGGACCCAAUGGUAGACUGAAGCAAGUCCAUAACAACGUUGGCGGACACGUCCUGACCACAUCCACCUCUACAUCCCUACUUCAAGCUGUCUCCUCAUCGGAGCCAUUACUCAAACUCAUAACUGCCUCCAUCCUAAAUCACCUGUCUCGGUUCAGUGACUGUGGUCUGUACACUGGCAUCCUCUGUCUUUCCCUCAUUGACCAUGUUCAGAAGUCUGGCUUGAGACCAAGUGUUGCGAUCAAAAUCAACAAACAACUAUUGGGGGUUUGCACCAGUUUCCUCAACCAGGAGGACUGUGGCUGUAAAGUGAAUGUCGAUUUCAACAGCUGCCAGACCUUGGUGACACUAGCCAGGAGUGUAAUCUCUAGCAAACCUGCUUGUGUGUUGACUGAGAGAGAGCAACAGCAUAUCAGCACGUUGGCUGUCCAUGCCUUUCUACUGACUGUCCCCUGUGGUGACACCCGGGGCUCCCCAGACAGAGUCCGUCUCGGUAGGACUGUGACCGUCUCCAGCGAGGGACACUUUGUGCUAGACUCUGCCGUGUUUCCAGGUCUGCUGGUGAAUGCCCCAGACAUGCAGCUUCACCCCACAGACUCGGAGAGAACCAGACGGGGGCCCGGUCCCUUCCGACUGGCCCUGUUCACGGUGUCUCUCUCAGGGGAUCUAUCUGAGCUCGGAGUGGAGACCCUGGAGGUAAUGGUAUACCUUACCUUUGCCACUAAAUGCAAUCUUUUAGUGUCCCCAAAACAUAAAUGUACAUAUUGUCAAGGAUUUUAAUCAAAAACGUGUUUUAACUUGAAUGUUUUCUUUGUCUGUUUAUCGAUGCAAUAUCCAUGCAUUUUUCAAUGUCUAUGACUGCCACGUGGGUGUUAUUAAACACUUGGUCUUGAAAGGUGCACCGUGGCGCCCCUGACCCAGAAGAGCUGAUCCUGGAUCAGUUACUGAGGCUGGGCGAGCAGGCCGUUACGGACCAGGUGGAGGUGUUUAUGUGUCAGAGAGUGAUACACCCUGUACUGCAGCAUUACCUCCGGAGGCACGGGGUCCUGGUCAUAGAGAGACUCGGCAUUGCAGUCAUCGAGCCCAUUGUUCAAAUGACAGGUAAUGUAAUAUACUGUAGUUGUCGGUAAUGCUUUUACCCAGCAUAGAUAUAUUUGUAUUUUGUAGUAGGUGAGAAUUCAUGUUGAGAAUAAAAUACAUUUAGGGGCCUAUUUUCUAUUUUGUGGUAAUACGGGUAUAUGUAUGUAUAUAUAAUAUGGGUUUUAUACAGCGGUUUUUAUGGACCUAAAGACGCUAAAUAUAAUCCAACUAGAUUCAAGAAAGCACCGGUUUUCAUCUCUCCUUCUGUUCCAGGUGCUCAAGCAGUGGCUUUGUACCAGACCCCUAUCCCUCCUGAGGCCUAUGGCCAGGUGAAAGGCUGCUGUGUCAGGACCAUUGGAUCCAGAGAGAUGCUGCACCUCCUUCCCCCUCAGGAACCAGCACCAGCUGUCUGCACUAUGGUCCUCUUCCACAGGAACGAGACCAUGCUCAACGAACUGAAGGUAGACUAGGCUGAGCCUAUUCUGUUCUAUGUGUAACGGAGAUAAGAACGUGAAGUAAGCUCGCUCCACAGCUAGCUUGAAAUGUUGCCAACGGUGCUAUGGAAUUGGAGGCGGGCUGACCCUGGUUUAAGCCCAGUCAGAGGCUUGUUCAGGGAGGCAGCGCUAAGCUAGCCCCCUUUACAUAUGCUCAAUGAACUGAAGGUAGGAACACUGACACCCAUCUUUUCAGAUAGUAUUCAAUACCAAUCCAUCUGGCUUAGUAACAACAGUCAAGUAACAACAGGCAAGUAACUACAGGCAAGUAACUACAGGCAAGUAACUACAGGCAAGUAACUACAGUCAAGUAACUACAGUCAAGUAACUACAGGCAAGUAACUACAGGCAAGUAACUAUAGUCAUGUAUAGCCUACCUAUACUCUGAAUGUAUUCCAGGCCUUUGCUGUCUUAGAAGUGUAAUCUAGUUCCUCACAUGUUUUAGAUAAUGUUAGAAUGUUGAUUUAGGUUUUUCUUGGAGGCAAUGAUCUGUCUGUGUCUGUGAUGUUCCAGACUGCCUGUCAGAGGGCAGAGCAUGUGUUGAGGCUGACCCUGAGAGACCCAGUCGCUCUGCUGGGAGGAGGAUGCACUGAGACACACCUGGCAGCCUACGUCCGUAACAAGGUUUGGACCACAAUCACAUCUCACAUAACACUAUACCUGGCAGCCUAGGUCCGUAACAAGAUCUGUACCACAAUCACAUCUCUCAUAACACUAUACCUGGCAGCCUACGUCCGUAACAAGAUCUGUAGGACACCAUUCUUCCAUCUUAUAGCUUAGCACGUGUGACACAUAAGCCUUUAUAAAUGCAUCAGUGUUAUUAACACCCAUAAGGUCGACGUCUGCGCCCCUGUGGCAAUUUAAUUAGCAUAAUACAAAUAUCCCCAUACAAAUGUGUCAAUUUAAGUUGGAUAAAUGUUUUUUUUCAUUCGAUGGGUCUCAAUCCACCGCCGAUGUAACACUUCCGCAUCUGCGGUGGAAAGUGACAGAGCUGGAGCGAUUAUUUGUCACACCAUGAGACGUCCAGAAAAUCAGUCUUCUCACAAAAUCGUCUGUAGCGUCCGAACGGUUCGGCCUCCAAACUAUCAUGACCCCUCUAUGGAGAGAUGAGACUCUCACCAACACCACGGUCGUCUUGGGACUCGUCUGAAGUCCGUACAACCGAUCUUCCAACUUCUGUCUGUAGCGUCCGAACAGUUUGGGAAACACACUAAUAUGUGUAAAGGUGAGACUCUCACCAACACGUACGUAUCGGUGGUUGUUGUGCUCUUGGACGUCCACAGGCCUCACAAGACCCGUCUGAAGGUCCCCCGGUACCAGAUGAAAAGAUUAAUGGAAGUCUAUAUGGAGACUGUUUAGUGCCAUAAAUAAGGGGUUAAAUACAUGUAAACGUGCAGGUAUUCAGACCCCUUGACUUUUUCCACAUUUUGUUAGAUACUUCAAGGGGUCUUAAAAUUCAAAAUCAACUAGCUAAAUUAUCCUUGGUAUGACCCUCACUUUUAAACUUAACCAUAAGUUAGCUGUAUCUAGAACCCCCCCACCGUUAGACGCAAUCAUGCCCCUAGGGUGUCUUUUUAUAUGUUCCAGAACUAGGCCGUGUUCAGACUGGGCAAGGAUUUUGUUUGGGUACCCGGGGGUCCAUCGCUCUGUAGGAUGCUUUGUUACUUUAAGAUUGGGGUGCUGUUAAUCUGUCAUCACGAUCCUUACCUUUGCUUCAUGUUUGGUCUUUGUAUAGUGGAGGUCCUUAGGCAUUUGGUUGUCGUUUACUGUAAAUAUUAUUUUUUCGAUUUUUGUAAUUAUGUCAAAACUUCUUAGCUUAUAGCAAGGGGACGUUGUAAACCUCUGAUCUCCAGCUCUGUCAGUACUGCGAGGACAAACCGGUGAUGCCCCACGAGCUGUAG